AUGAGUUUCCAAAGAAGUCGUUUGCUCAGAGAUGUAGUCUUAUCACGGUUUAUUCUGUUAAUUUUUAUAAUCAUGAAUUACAUUUAUGGGCUAAAAUCAAGCACCUCUCCAUGGACAACGUACACACAAUUUUAUGAUAGUCGAUCAAGACAGUUAUCAGAAUAUUUACACAGAAUGUACAGAACGAAUACCUUAAAUUAUUACAGGAUGAGAAACCGAGAUGCAUAUGAAUAUGUAAUGGAAGAGGAAAGUCGAGUGAAUGAAGAAUACAAACGUAGAUUUGGUGAUGCCUCAAGGAGUUACUGCAUGCCAUAUAGAAUAGAUGAGGAAGAAGUUUCCAGGGAAUUAUCCGAAAAGGAAAUAAAGAAACUUCUUAAAUCCUUUGGUCCAACAAUAUCAGAGAGAGAUAUGUACAUUACUUUUUAUUAUUAUCACUCGUAUCUACAACGUUGUUACGCUGAGAUGUUACUUCAGUUACAAAGGAUGGUCUAUAAGUUAGGAUCGAAACGUGAGAUACCCGAUGAAGAUUUAAAUGAGUACUGGAUUCAGUGCAAAAAAAAGCUCGGCAGACUUCUGUUCAGUUUGAAUUAUUUUUCCUGCAAAAAAUUUUAUGAUUUUGCUAGGGAUGCUCCCUUUGAAGACACGUUAAGUUUUGCCACACCCGUAGCGCAAGUUGCAAGUCCCACCAGGCGAAUUCUUCCAUACAUCGUAGCAAAGAACCCCCCCGACCCAAUUCGAACCUUACUUACUUUACAGUUUUUAGGUGAACCCCUAGGCGUGUUGAAGGUGAACAUGAAUAAAAUGUACCUAUCAAGAUUUAUCACGCGUGCACUGUUCUUCCUGCUGAAUAUACAGUCACUGGAUUUCUCUGGCCUGUCAGAAUUAAAUCUAUCAUGCGAGUCACAACCAGGUAGUAGCCACAUCGCCAGACAGUUAGCCGAAUCGGCGGUGUGCCGAAAGAAUAACGUUGAUGCGGUAAAAAAGAUUAGCGAAAAAUACAAAAUAAAAAUAACGGAUGUAAAUGGCAAAAAUGACACAGGAAAGGGUAAGCACGCCGAGGAAGAUCACGCCGAAAUUAAUGAAGGCAAUGUCAAAUUGCUAUUCGGAAUUGAAGAGUCAGAAAUUUCCAAUGAUUUAUCAAAAGAAGAAAUUAAUAAGCUGAUAGAUUCCUUUGGAAAUAUUUUAACCCAGAAACAACAAUAUAUUAUAUUCCACCAUUACACUAAAUAUCUGAACAAAAUAUACAACAAAAUGGUGGAUAAAAUAUGGGAUGUGUCAGAAAGGCUGGCAUUCAAACACCAAGUCCCACAUGAAGUUAAAGUGAAAUAUUGGUACCAGUGUGAAAAGGAACUGAAAAAUGAUUUAAAGGAAAUGAAUAAUUUUUCCUAUAAAAACUUUUACUCAUUCAUGAAGCAGAAGCCUAGUCAACCCGCCAUCAAAUUUAAACUUUUUUUGUCCCUCCACCAUUUUACUUGGAAUAAAGAAAUGAAAGACAAUGAGCAAAAAAGGGUACAUAAACUUGUCCAAAAAAUGAAAAAUUAUAAAAAGAAGGGUCAUGGACACCACAUGGGGUGA